AAGAAUGUUGGUCGUUCACGCCAAGUGAUUUUUCCUGUCAUUGUCGGGGACAUUGUGGGCUGGGGUCCUGCAAUGUCAGGCGUUGCUGGGUUUGGUAUGGCUUCCGAGCUGGCUGCAACGCUAGCGUCCAAGGCACUUCAGGAAAACGGACUUCCCCCAGGGUUGUUGCCGCUUCAAGAGGUCGUGCAGAGCACUAACACGAGAACAGGGCCCUUUCACGUGAAACUCAGUCACAGCGUGGAAAGAAAUAUUAACGGAAACCUUGUCCGCUAUUCUUCUGAAGUCAGAGGAACCAUUUGUCGAGGAAAGAUUACGAAUCUGAAGGGAGUUCACGUGAGAAGGUUGAUGCUGUGGCUGUCUGUUGAUUCCAUUGAAAGCAGAGAAACCAACCCUUCAGAUAUUCACUUCCGUGUUGGUCCAGUAUCAGAGGGGAUUCCUCGUUCAGCAUUCUAAGUCUAUCAAUACCAUUUAUGGUAGAAUUUGUCUCCAUAAUCAGAAUGCGUGUGAAAAUAUUGGUCCUGCCUAUUACAUACAUUUCACCUUCUUAAAACCCACGGCCCAAAUUGUUCAAACGCACUGCGUAUGAACUUUGACCCUCUGGCUGUAC